UGCAUAAAUGGAAAAGUGAAGAACAAGAGGACAGUUCGGUGCAGACUUGAGAAAGACAGAGAAACAAAAAUGGCUUUCAAAACUCUGCAAGCAAGUGUCAAAGUCCUGCUUCUGCUCUCAGUCUGUUCACACGUUAUCUCAGUUAAAAAGACUGCUGCAACAUUCAUCCGGGAAAAAUGUGAGUGUGUUAAGGAGGCUCGAGCAGUGCAAUGGAGAAAAAUCACAGACUUCACAAUCAUCCUGAAAAAUCCUCUUUGCAACAAGGUUCAAAUCAAACUCCAGUUGUCAAAUAAAGAAGUGUGUCUAAAUCCAGAGUCCAAGCAGGGGACAAAACUGCAGAGAUGCUGGCAAAAAAUUAACUUCAACCCACAGAGGAAGAAGGUCUGUCUGAAGAUCAAGAAGAAUGCACCAAAAAGACCCAAGAAGCUUUAAUUUAACAAAUAUGUUACUGUGUGUUCUGUUUUGUAAUACAUAAUAAUUUACCUUGUCUGUCCUUUAUUUGUUCAAAUAUAUAUUAUGUAGAUUAAAUUUGUAAAUAAA